GCCUUGCUGAAAAUGGACUGCCAGGGCCUGGUGGUCAGACUCAUCCAGGACUUCGUGCUCCUGACCACGGCCGUCGAGGUGGCGCAGCGCUGGAGGGAGCUGGCCGAGAAGCUGGCCAAGGNUAAAAAGGGUUUUGAGUCACCCACCUGGCUGGCCUUGCUGAAAAUGGACUGCCAGGGCCUGGUGGUCAGACUCAUCCAGGACUUCGUGCUUCUGACCACGGCCGUCGAGGUGGCGCAGCGCUGGAGGGAGCUGGCCGAGAAGCUGGCCAAGGUCUCCAAGCAGCAGAUGGACGCGUAUGAGUCUCCCCACCGGGACAGGAAUGGGGUGGUGGACAGCGAGGCCAUGUGGAAGCCCGCGUAUGACUUCUUACUCACCUGGAGCCACCAGAUCGGGGACAGCUAUCGGGACGUCAUCCAGGAGCUGCACACAGGCCUGGACAAGAUGAAAAACCCCAUCACCAAGCGCUGGAAGCACCUCACAGGGACUCUGAUCCUGGUGAACUCCCUGGACAUUCUCAGAGCAGCCGCCUUCAGCCCUGCAGACCACGACGACUUUGUGAUUUGAGCAGGCUCCCUGCCACCUCCUGCGCUGUAGCAUGAGCCCACCACUUGCCCAGGGUGCCCGCGCCAUCACCACGGCACUGAGGAGGGUGGGACGGCUGCUCAGACAGAGCCAGGGUCUGCCAGCGGGACCCACACCCGAGGACUGGCACGUGUGAUGCUCCGUCAGUCCUUCCCCUCCAUCGAGGGGUAGGCUCGAAGGAUUUUCUACUGCAGGUCGUUGCCAAUCAAAUAGCUUUCUAUCUGUUAACUACAAAUCUACAUUUAAAAUCACUUUUUUUAAUAAAUGGGGUGAGGGGCCAUAUGAGAAAAGUUGUAUCUAAUUUUUUAAUGAACCACAAAGGUUAAAAAAACCAAACACUUAACAGGGGCAGAUGCUGUUGAGGUUUUCAUGUUGUAUAAAGACCUUUUUAAAUUACGUUGCGAUGUCUAUAGGUAUUUAAAGGUCACGGGGGCAUUUCUGAUUCUCGGCCGUACUUUGCAUUUCAACAUUCAGCACAGAAAGAGGCUUGUCUGAGUGUUGGCCCUUUUUCACUCCCUACUUGUAAAAAGGCAAAUCAAACGGGAAAAGUGGUUUUGCGGUAAAGGGGUACAGCUGGCGCCCACUCUUCCUGAGCAGGCCCGAGGUUCUGCUCCCCACAAGCCUCACGCCGUAGCACAUGCUCGUCCACAGGACGUGUGACUGUCUCGUGAGCUGGAGUUGGCAGAGUUCAAUCCCACGGUAGCAAGUAGGUACCCAGUGAGGUGUUUCUGCCAACGCAGGAGGAGGCAGCUGGGAGUUGACGUUCUUUAUGGCCCCUGCCCAUGUGACAAGGUCACUUGUGUGAAGAGCUCCCCGUGGCUCGAGGAGGCCACUGUACUGCUUCUCCCGGGGGCAGGGGAUGCUUCCUGCAGAGCUCACUGCCCUCUGCAGCAGAGGAAACUGCACCACCGAGUCAGGCCCUCGUGGCCAUUGACCCUGAGCCCGUCAUGGACACCGUGGUUGGCCUCACGAGCGUCUCCACCAGCUGCCCUUUGCCAAACUCUCAUUUCACUUUAUCUGAGGUUUAACCCCUUCCUGGUGUACCUGUGUCCCCUCAGAAACAGUGUAGGGAAAACUAUUUUGUAUUAUGUAAAGCUAAUCUGAGCAGGGCGAAUGCUUUCUAAAAAUGAAAAUGUUUCCCAGAUAAAAUCGGGAACGCAGCACAGGGUUGCAUGAAUAACCAUCAGGGCUAUUAAUCAGAGGUCAGGGGAAUCCGUGCGGGUGUGCUGGGUUCAAUUCUGCAAUCGCGUUGUAGUUGUGGCAGCUUGGGAGGGAGCAGGAGGCAGAACUGUCCCCUGGCAAGUCUCAGAGUGAGGUGACCCCUGGCAAUGGGCCAGGACACGCACUCUGUCUAACGUGGUAUCAAGUCACAUGGCAUCCCUGAAUCUCAGUCUCUAAAGCUGCUUUCUUGAAACUAGUUAACUACUCAGUAUAAUCAGUGUAUAAUCCCUUAUUGGGUUGAAGCAUUGUACGUAGCUACUGACUCAGACACUGAAGACCAACAGAAGAAAGAAGCAAAUGCUGGAUAUUUUUGCUGCAAGAACCGGGCACACGAUUCCAGCCAUCGCAUAAAAUAACCUGAAAUUCUGCUUCUCAACACUUCGCCAUCAUCUUUCCCAGAGAUCAUCUCUCACCUUUUCCCCAAAGAAGAAACAAAACCAGUUGCACCUUAAACCAUGAAUAUUUUUCCUCAGGGGCUUUAAAUAGUUUCCUAUGCAACAUGACUUGUAGCACAAAUUAAAUUCUACAAAAGUUGCAGUAAACUUUAUUUGGAUAUUUUAACCUGA